AAGAAUGACAAAAUCAGGCACUUUUUAUUUUAUUUUAUGGCCUUUGUUGCUGGAUUUUCUCACAAACCCACCGACGGCGAGAAUGAGAAUUCAACCGAGUCCUAGAGAAAGAAGAUUCUCUUCCAACUUCCAUAUCCUAGUCCUAGUACUGCUAAAACUACUAGUCUUCCAUUUCUCAGUUAUUACUAGUUGUUUAUCUGCUCCAACAAAAUCAAGUCAAUUCCAAGAAGAAGACGAAGGAGGAGGAGGAGGAGAAGAAUCCGUAAUUGGGUACGGCUAUGAAAUCCGAUCGAUGGCCGGCGAUGCCUCUGGGAAGUUGUUGACCGCGGAUCUUCAACUCAUCAGGAACACUAGUGUUUUUGGGCCUGACAUUCAGAGUCUUAGCCUUAUUGCCAGCUUUGAGGCGAAAGAUCGCCUGAGAAUCCGAAUCACAGACUCCAACCACGAGAGAUGGGAAGUACCCAAACAAAUCCUCCGCCGCCCCACCCCUUCCCUCUGCCACUCCGUCGGCGAAUACCACCACCCCACUCCUCCAAAAUCCCAAAACCACUACUCCCUCUCCUCCCCCAACUCCGACCUCAUUUUCACCCUUUACAACACCACCCCCUUCUCCUUCUCAAUCUCCCGCUUUUCCUCCUCCGACACCCUCUUCGACACCUCACCCUCUUCCUCCUCCACAUACCUCAUUUUCAAAGACCAGUACCUACAGCUCUCCUCCUCCCUCCCCUCCCACCGCUCCUCCCUUUAUGGCCUCGGUGAACACACCAAGAAAUCCUUCAAAUUAACCCCUAAUCAAACCCUAACCCUGUGGAACGCAGACAUUGGGAGUUCCAAUCUCGACCUCAACCUUUACGGCUCCCACCCGUUCUAUAUGGAUGUUAGGUCGCCGGAUUCUGACGGUAGAGUUGCACCGGGGACCACACAUGGUGUGCUAUUGUUGAAUAGUAAUGGGAUGGAUGUUGUGUAUACUGGUGAUAGGAUUACUUAUAAGGUCAUUGGGGGUAUUCUUGAUCUCUAUUUUUUUGCGGGACCUACUCCGGAGAUGGUGGUUGAUCAGUACACAGAGCUCAUUGGCAGGCCGGCACCAAUGCCGUACUGGUCUUUUGGAUUUCACCAGUGCAGAUUUGGAUAUAGGAAUGUUUCUGAUGUUGAGGGAGUGGUUUCUGGCUAUGCUAAAGCUGGAAUUCCGCUAGAGGUUAUCUGGACAGAUAUUGAUUACAUGGAUGGUUAUAAGGAUUUCACACUUGAUCCUAUCAAUUUUCCUUUUGACCAGAUGAAGAAUUUUCUCGGUACACUCCACCAUAAUGGUCAGAAACUCGUGCUCAUCUUGGAUCCGGGAAUCAGUGUAAACGAGACAUAUGGAACCUACAUCAAAGGGAUGCAAGCUGACAUCUUCAUAAAACGUGACGGUAUCCCUUACCUGGGGGAGGUUUGGCCGGGGCCCGUCUACUUCCCUGAUUUCCUACAUCCUGACGGUGGAAUAUUCUGGGGUGAUGAGAUCAAUAGAUUCUGGAAUCUUGUCCCCUUUGAUGGCAUAUGGCUAGACAUGAAUGAGAUAUCAAAUUUCAAAACUUCCUCCUCAACUCCAUUCUCGACACUUGAUGACCCUCCCUAUAAGAUAAACAAUUCCAAAGGUCAUCUGCUCAUAAAUAAUACUAUUCCUGCGACGGCUCUACACUUUGGUAACAUCACAGAGUACAAUGCCCAUAACCUUUACGGAUUCUUGGAAUCAAUUGCAACUAAUCAGGCCUUGAACAAAUUAAGUGGUAAAAGGCCGUUUAUACUGGCUAGAUCAACUUUCGUGGGCUCUGGCAAGUAUACAGCACAUUGGACUGGAGACAAUGCCGCCACGUGGGAUGACUUGGCAUACUCAAUCCCAAGUAUCUUGAAUUUCGGACUGUUCGGAAUUCCUAUGGUUGGAGCAGAUAUUUGUGGUUUUUCUGGAGACACUACUGAAGAGCUUUGCCGACGUUGGAUUCAGGCAAGGGCCUUCUAUCCCUUUGCAAGAGACCACUCAGACAAGGGCAAAACCCGUCAAGAGCUCUAUCUCUGGGACUCUGUUGCUGCCACAGCCAGAAAAGUCCUUGGGCUCCGCUACCGUCUCCUUCCCUAUUUUUACACGUUAAUGUACGAGGCUCACAAAGUAGGAACCCCUGUUGCACGUCCACUUUUUUUCUCAUUCCCACAGGACACAGCAACUUACGAAAUCAACUCACAAUUCCUAAUUGGAAAAGGUUUAAUGGUGUCCCCUGUCCUGAAGCCAGGAGCGGUCUCAGUCGAUGCUUACUUCCCAGCCGGAAACUGGUUUGACCUCUUCAACUAUUCCAACUAUGUGAGUGUAAAUCCAGGGAAUUAUCUCACGCUCGACGCCUCACCGGAUCAUAUCAACGUGCAUAUACGGGAAGGGAAUAUAAUUGCAAUGCAAGGAGAAGAAAUGGUAACAGAAGCCGCUCGGAAAACCCCGUUCCAAAUAUUGGCAGUCAUGAGCAAAAGUGAAAACAGCAGUGGGGAGAUAUUUUUGGACGAUGGAGAGGGAGUGGAGUUGGGGGAAGAGGGAGGGAGGUGGACUUUGGUGAGGCUUUAUGGUAGGUUUAUCGGGAAUACGGUGAUUGUUGGAACUGAGGUGGUGAAUGGGGAAUUUGCGUUGAGUCAGAAGUGGAUUGUGGAAACGGUGACGUUUGUGGGGUUAGAAAAAUUCAAAGUGUUGAAGGAUUAUGAGGUAAUUACCAAAUCGAGUGUAGGAGUGCAGGGGACAUCUAUUUGGAAAAGUUAUGAUGAGGGUGGGGACUUUGUUACGGUGGUGGUAUCCAGGAUGUCACUGCUUAUAGGAGAGGAGUUCAAGAUAGAGCUCGAUAUCAGUACAGUGGAGAACUGAAAGCAUUGCUAAUUUACUUACUAUCUGGCUAAGUAGUAUAUGAAUAGAGAAGUUUCCAUUAUUCCUUAGUUUUUUGGGGAAUUUCAAACUUUUUAUGGGUAUUUAAUUGAUGCAUCACUUUAAAGUGGGAACCGCCUUUUAAAUAUUGUAACAUUUAUUUUAUUUAUAUCGGAACUUAAAAGAAUGAUUGUUCCAAA